AUGCCCCACUUGCCGAAGCACGACCACCUGUCGUCAGACAUCCGCGAAAGACUUGACUUCCUGGCAUCAGAGUUCGAGAAGCUUGCUGCAGACAACGAGCGUCUGAGAGGGGAGCUGACAGUGAAGCAGGAUGAGCCUGUCCAGCCUACCAAUGUGACAGCUCUGCGCGAGCACGCGAACGUGCGGACAGUACAUACUCCUGCUUCUCCGUUGUCCCCACAAGCGUGGGCGGAUGCCGUCAGCGACAUAGAGACAAUUGAGAAUCUGCAGCCGGCCACCGGAAGGAAGCCGAAAGGCAAUGGCACUGCAGAAAAGCCAUAUGUUGUCAAGAAGCACACUGAUGAUGUUCUUCCAUUCAGCGCGGGCAACUCAGACUCCGAUAACGAUAUCACCUCCUCCAGGGCGACAGCCGAGGUGACGAAGCCCGUCUCCAAGGUCAAUGGCCAGAACAAGGACAAGGAUGCUGCCAAGAUCCACCAUGCUGUUAGCGGCAAGACCAUCAAUGACUCCGACCCGUCGUCCUGGAACGUGGGCGACGAACAGGAAGACCCAGUUGGACGUGUGAUUGUGUUAGAUGUCAUCCCGGCAGUGAUCAUUAUCAUCAAUGGCAUUGUGGUUGGCCUCAGUGCAGACAUAUGCCCAGAGCAUACUGUCUGGGUGGUGCUAGAGAUCUUCUUCACAAGUUUCUUCACCUUGGAGGUGAUUGUGAAGAUGAGAAUGUUUACCGUGAGAGGCUUUUUCUUGGGACCCGACUGGUACUGGUCCUGGUUUGACUGCUUUUGCGUGGGCUUGGCAUACCUGGAACUCAGCAUGAGCCUGCCGACCUCCGGCUUCGGGAUCUUGGGCUGCCCACCGGUGGAUCCGUUGGACACCGGCUCUUUGGGAUUUUUGAAAACACUCAAAUUGGCUCGCCUCGGGCGCAUCGUUCGAUUGUUGAAGUUCAAGAUCUUCGUAGAGCUGAAGAUGAUGAUCCAAGGCGUGUUUACAGGACUUCGCGUGCUGUUGUGGGCCAUUGUGCUUCUCUCGCUUUGCAUCUACCUGCUUGGAGUGACGUGCAGAACGCUGUACGCGUAUCGCGAAGAGUUCCAAACAGUGCCAUCUGCUAUGUUUACAGUUUUCCGAUGCUUCACCGACGGUUGUGCUUCAUACGAUGGCCGGCCGCUGCAAGAGAUCAUCCGAGCUCACGAGCCACAGGGAGGAAUCUGGAUGAUUGGCUAUACUCUAGUGUUUCUGUUUAUUACUAUCGGCAUCUUCAACUUGAUCAUGGCCGUGUUCAUCGACAACGUCAACGACGGGAGCGUGAAGAAAAAGCAAUUCAACCUCGGCCUAUCUGCGGACAAGACCGAGCUCGAGCUUGCUCAGACCGUGCAAAGCAUGUGCGUGAAGUCGGGAGUUAUCCCGGAGCUCCCCGAGGAUGACUCUGAAGAUGAGCAGGAAACCAUGCUGGCUCGCAAGAGUACGGAGGGAUUGCAAGAGUACGAAGGAAGGACGAAUCGGAUAAAGCGCAGGAUGAAGCGUGCAGGAUGCAUCAUCACGAAGAGAACCUUCAAUAAGUGGCUCCUCCAGUCCAGUGAGCUACUUCAGUGCCUGGAUGAUACAGAGAUUGACACGUCCAGCAAAUUCGAACUGUUCGAUGUGCUGGACACUGAUUUAUCGGGAAAACUGCCGUUUAACGAGACCAUCGAAGGCCUGAUGAAGUGCCGAGGCCCAGUUUCGAAGACGGACAUCAUUUCGAUUCGGCUGCGCGUGCGAUAUUUGACUCGACUCGUUCAGCAGAUUCACAAGCAGCUCGGAUGUUCACCGAUCAAGUGA